CAGUAGACAUUAUUUGCCAUGGACCCUGUCACAAUUGUUCUGUUCGCUGUGGUCAUCCUAUUUUUGACCUAUGUGUAUAACAAUAGGAAACAAAAUUACAAGAAUUUCCCCCCAGGACCAAAGCCUUUGCCCAUCAUUGGAAAUCUACACAUGUUUGACAUGUCAAAGCCUAUUAAUACAUUUUUAGAGCUGUCUAAGAAGUACGGGCCAGUAUACAGCGUCCAGUUGGGCAUGAAGAAGAUGGUCAUCCUAAGUGGUUAUGAUACAAUCAAAGAUGCUCUAGUCAACCACGCUGAGGAAUUUUCUGACAGACCUGAUGCCCCAAUCAUAACUAAAUUGAUAAAGGACUAUGGUAUUAUCUUUGCUAAUGGUGAGAACUGGAAAGUGAUGAGACGAUUUACUAUAUCCACAUUACGAGACUAUGGGAUGGGCAAGAAAAGUAUAGAAAACAAGAUUAUUGAAGAGGCUUCUUGUUUAUCACAGACUAUUAAAUCUUAUGGAGGAAAACCGUUUGAUAAUUUGAGCAUCAUUAAUACUGCUGUAGCCAAUAUCAUUGUAUCCAUACUACUGAAUCGCAGAUUUGAGUACGAUGAUCCAACCAUUUUAAAGCUCAUGUACCUAAUUAAUGGCAAUAUAAAACUCAUGGGAAAACCUAUUGUCAUGCUGUACAAUACCUUUCCCGGUGUGAUGGACUGGGUGCCGGGCGUCCACCAAACCGUUUUUGAAAACAUUAGAACGUUGCAUGACUUUAUAAGAGCGACUUUUAAAAAACAGAAGGAAGAACUGGAUGUGACUGACCAGAGGAAUCUGAUUGAUGCGUUCCUGGCUAAGCAAUUAGAGGGGAAGCCAGAAUCCACGUUGUAUUACCACAAUGAGAACCUGACUGUACUUAUGGCAGAUCUAUUUGCUGCUGGUAUGGAGACCACCUCGACCACUCUGCGAUGGGGCCUCCUGCUUAUGAUGAAAUAUCCAGAGAUCCAAAAAAAAGUGCAAAAUGAAAUUGAAAGUGUGGUUGGAUCAGCUCAACCUCAGGUAGAACAUAGGAAGCAAAUGCCGUACACCGAUGCCGUCGUCCAUGAAAUUCAGCGGUUUGGUGAUAUCGCACCAGGUAGCGCCCCACAUGCAACUUCUCAAGAUGUCACAUUCAGGGGCUACAUAAUUCCAAAGGGGACCACUGUGAUGCCAUUUCUGACCUCUGCACUGAAAGAUGCUGCCUACUUUGAAAAACCUGAUGAGUUUUACCCAGAACAUUUUCUCACCUCAGAAGGACAUUUCAAGAAGAAUGAAGCAUUCAUACCAUUCUCAUUGGGUAAAAGAAGCUGUGCUGGGGAAAACCUGGCUAAUAUGGAGCUGUUCCUAUUCUUCACAACGCUGCUGCAGAACUUCACAUUCCAGGGUACUCCAGGAGCGCAGCUGGAUCUCAAGCCUGCAAUGGGUGCUACUAAUGCACCACAGCAUUAUGAUAUGUGUGCUAUACCAUGCAGAUAGAACAUGUAUUCAGGCAACAUAAUCUGAAAGAUCUCUCAGUAAUGUUUAGACUUACGGCACGAGAGGAAAAAAUGGGAACAACAGAACUGCAUCUGAUAUUUAUAUUUUAGAAGGUUUUUAAUGUUUCUUUCCCCAGCACUGAAUUUGGAAUUAGUGCUUUCGCUUAUGAUGGAUAAAUGUUAAUUGAUAUGGAUAGUAUUACUGUUGAGCAUUUUACUCUCCUUAAUUCAGGAUUUUCAGGAAAAUGUUUAACUAUACAGAAGAAAAGAGAAAAUGCAGGAGCACACUCUAAGCAUGAAGAGCAGUGGUAAUCAGAACAAUUAUAAUAAACUCUGCAAUUUAACACAAAGUAAAAUUGAGGUACAAAAAUUGACCUCAUAAGGUGAAUCCCUAACUUUCCUAAAGUACAGCCCAGAACACGGGACCCCCCCCAGGCCAGCACAAUCAACUCUAGAACACAGGACCCCGUGGGCAGGGCCGUCUUUUCGUAUGGGCUCAAUGGGCACUUUCCCAAGGGCCCCAGGAGUAUAAGGGCCCUAGGCUAAAAGCCAGAUAUCUCGGGUUCUGUUUGAUUUAUAGUUUUUCUGAGGGUAUAUGCCAAAAGUUGGGACUCUCCUCUUUUAGUGAACACUGGCAGCUUGUCUCUACUAUGUCCAGAACCAGAGAUAUCAGCCUUCCAGCAGCCGGUCCCUGCUCCAGCUCCACACGGCUAGUAUGCAGUUUUAUUUUUUCGUUGGUGGAUUGCUCUGACUCCUGAACUCUGAUCCCCAAGUCCCCAGUACCUCCUGAAAGGUGUGACUUUCUAGUGUUUUAUCCCAUUCAAAGCUAAGAAAUCUAUUUCCAGGAACUGGAGAUAUCUGCAGUCCAGCAAGCUGCCAUGCCUCCGGAAAAUGCUGAAUAUUAAGCCCACUCCACUGUCCACCCCUCUGCUGCGUAUUAAACACCCCCUACCACCCAGGAAGUCUUGUACCAGGGCCCCUUCAUUCAGCCCAAUACCCCCUUAUACAGGUUCUCCCUCUUGCCCCAUCUCCCACCAUCUGUGCAGUAAA